AUUGUCCGGGUCGCUUCUUUCUGCUGAACUAAAGCGGCACCUGAGAAUGAACUUCGUUAUGAAAUCGUGAAAUGUAUUUUAAAAGUCUACAUUUAGUGUACAUCCAGUUAUAGUAGCAUGUCGGACACAGGUGAUGAGUGGCAGGUUGCCCGGCGACGAAAAGGCGCCGCGCGGAAAUCAAAGUUACUUCACGUGUCAUCAGAUUCAACCUAUGAGUCAACAUGCUGUCAGGAGCAGCUGGACAUCGGGAAAACUAUUAAACGUAUACGAGAUACAAUGUCCGAGCUAAGAUGUGAGAGAUUUUGUCAGGAGUGGAAAGAGCAGCUGCGAGUGGCAGGAUCAGUAUUUCUCUCAAAACCUCCUGAGAACAAGGAUACAGAGAAACCUAGCGACCAGCUGCAGACAAACACAGAUGUUGAACCAUGUCAACAGCUGGAGUGUGUGUGUUAUGGCCUUGGCCCCUUUUCCUCCUGUGUGUCAGCGCGCUACCAGCUGGCCAUGUUGCUGCUGCUGCUGGAUUCAGUACAGAUUCCACUGAAAAACUGUUCUGUCUAUGACCCUGUAUUCUCCUCUGGAGAGAGGGAUGUUUUAAGAGAGCUGGGACUGACUGUGCUCACAGAAAACGAGGAGGGGAAGCAUUUUGCCACCAGGCCCACAUUCUUUUACCUGAUGCAUUGUGGAAAAGCCCUUUACAACAAUCUUUUGUGGAAGAACUGGAGCCCACAACGUCUUCCUCAGUUAAUAAUCAUUGGAAAUGGCUUCAGUGGCAUGAAGGACAGGACAAUCGAGAGAGAGUUCAAGUGUGACUACAGCUACAUUUCUCAGACUGUGCCUGUGUGUGAGGAGACACAGCUGCCUUGUCCAGCCCGUCUGAUUGACAUUUUUAAUGACACAGCCGUCAUCACCUUUCCAAACAGUGGGCUUAACAGACUCCCCACAAUCCACCUGGGUGGAGCCGCCUGAACCACAGUACCAACACUGCACUGAUUUGGAGAUUAUUAGGAGGGAAACUCCAAGCUGAGCCAGGAGUUACACAAGACAUGGACAGAACUGUGUAUUUUUUUUAUUGUUGCCAUGGAUACAAGCAGAUCUAAAAUAGAUAAACUCUGCUUCAAAUUGAGGAAUACAUCUUGUAAUGCUCAACUGUUGUAAUAGUUUGUCUCAAGGGAAAGGAAAAAGUGGAAAAGUGACCAUUAAACAUUAACCCCCCCCC